AUGUCAACUUGGUUGACGGUCGAGGCUGGAGAGAAUAUUAAUGACGAAUCAUGUGGUCAAAUUGGACAAGGGAUAGGCGCAGCAGCUGUAACAAUUAACCGAGAUGAAUAUUUACAAGCUUAUAGAGAUUUGAUGUUUGACCGUAACCAGGCACAAAUUAAAAAUAAUUUGCUACACCGUCGACUAGCUGAAUAUUAUAAAAAGAGAAAACUGGAACACGUCUUAAAGCCCUUAGAAAACGUUCCGCAUUUAGAAGAGAAAUACCAACAGAAACUAUUUACAUUUCAAGAAUUAAAAGAAAAAGAGGAAAUAGAAAUGGCAGACAUAAAAUCAAAAUUACACGUGGUUCAAGUACAAUACGCAGAUAAAUUAGAACAUGUCGAGAACAGAUUUGAUGCACUCCAAAAUUACGAACGUAACACUGGCACUGGCCUUAUUUACUCUAAAAAGGGAAAACCAAUCGCUGAUAAGACCGUUGAACGCUUCCUAACUUUACAAAGACGCAAAUGUGAACAAGCAUCAGCUCUUUGCCUUCGAUACAUACGAGCAAGGAACGCUGUUAAUGAGUUAGAUUCUAUUGUACGUAAAUUAGAAAUAAUCGCUCCGGGCCUUAAUGUCGCUCAGUAUGAACAGCUAUACAUCGACAAACAGAAUUAUUUGUCGAAAAUAGAAGAACGAGAAGAUGAACUUAUUAAAAAUCGUGUCAAUUGUACCGAACAUAACCAAAUGUUGGCACAUAUUCGAGAAAAAAUGCACCACACGGAAGAGGUCAUUGAUUUUGCUGAGUGUGAUUUUGGUGAUGCCGAAAUUGAGCUUAUUAGGGCACGUGAGGAAUUAGGGGAAAUAAAAAACAAACGCGAUCAUCUUCGUUGGUCCCUCGAAGCCGAGCGAAUGAAAGCCGGCUUACUAACUAGAAAAGAUUUGUUGCGUGAUUUUCAAGACGCCACCGACGAGGUUGUGGAGCUUAAGGAAAAAAAGAAACGACUUGAAAUUCAAAUAAUUGAAAUUACAAAUCUAUUAAGACAAGCCAGAAGACGUAUGCAAAUAAACCAAACUAUAAAUACUGAAUCUAAUAGCGCAUCUCAAGUGUUUCUGUAAAAUAUUAUAUUAUUUGUUAACUAUCAAAAUUUUGAAUUCCUACAUAUCUAAUAACUUUUCGUUUUUUUUCCUCUCGAUUCGUUGCUAUUACGAAAUUUUAAUAGGUUAAAAUUGAUAUUAGUGUUAAAAAUAACGUCAGAUUUUUUUUAGUAAUAAAAUAAAUAUAUAUUCACAUGGUUAUUGACAAUUACAGUAU